AUGGCUGCCAUUACUGCACCAUCACAGAUGGAUGCUGUCGCCAUGCCGUUUCUAAUAGUUGUCAUCUUGAAGUCGAAGAGUAUAAAUUUCUUCGAGCAGCUCGAACAUUCUUUUGUGAUCCAUUUCAGCACUAGUCGAAAGGUGCCACGGACGUUAGACAAUCUUUUCUCCAUCAAGCAAGGCGAGACAGAGAUGUUGAGAGAUUUUAUGGCUCACUUCAAUGCGGCCACAUUUGAGAUCAAAGACCUCAACAAAGAUAUGGCUAUAUCGGCCAUGAAGAGGGGUUUGAAGGAAUCCAGAUUCAUCUAUUCUCUAGAUAUGACUUUCCUCCAGAUCUAUGCUGAACUCUUAGAGCGUGCAUACAAGUAUAUUCAUGCAAAUGAGGAUGCUUCUGAUCGAUGCCAGACAAAAGGAAAAGGUUAG